AUGGCUGACGAGGAAGUUGCCGCUCUGGUCAUUGAUAACGGUAGUGGUAUGUGCAAAGCCGGAUUCGCUGGUGAUGAUGCUCCGCGUAGCGUCUUCCCUUCUAUUGUCGGCCGACCCAAGAUGCCUGGCAUCAUGGUGGGUAUGGACCAGAAGGACUCUUAUGUUGGUGAUGAGGCUCAGUCCAAGCGUGGUAUCUUGACCUUGAAGUACCCCAUUGAGCACGGUAUCGUCACCAACUGGGAUGAUAUGGAGAAAAUCUGGCAUCACACUUUCUACAAUGAACUGCGUGUCUCUCCCGAGGACACCCAAACCACCGGUAUCGUUAUGGAUUCCGGUGAUGGUGUUAGUCACACUGUUCCCAUCUAUGAGGGUUACGCCCUUCCCCAUGCUAUCCAGAGGCUCGAUCUGGCUGGUCGCGAUCUGACCGAGUUCAUGAUGAAAAUUUUGACCGAACGAGGUUACACCUUCACUACUACGGCUGAGAGAGAGAUCGUCCGUGACAUCAAGGAGAAGUUGUCCUACGUCGCACUUGACUUUGACACUGAGAUGAAGGCCGCUGCUGAGAGUAGUGAGAAGGAGAAAACGUACGAGUUGCCUGAUGGCAACAUUAUUACUGUUGGUAACGAACGCUUCCGAUGUCCAGAAGUACUCUUCCAACCCACUUUCAUUGGUAAGGAGGCCAGCGGCAUCCACGACACCACUUUCCAAUCUAUCAUGAAAUGCGACGUGGAUAUCAGGAAGGAUCUGUACGCCAAUGUUGUCCUUUCUGGAGGCACUACGAUGUUUAAUGGUAUCGGUGAGAGAAUGACUAAGGAGCUCACUGCUCUGGCCCCCUCUACUAUGAAGAUCAAGGUCGUGGCUCCACCUGAGCGCAAGUAUUCUGUCUGGAUUGGAGGCUCUAUUUUGUCCUCUUUGUCGACCUUCCAGCAGAUGUGGAUCUCUAAGCAGGAGUAUGACGAAUCUGGACCUACUAUUGUGCAUCGUAAAUGCUUCUAAUUGCAUGUGUCAUCAGCAAUGGAGGGUUGCAUUACCAACAUGCGGUGGUGCCUCUUCGUUGUGUUAUUACUACUACUGGUUACCGAUGGGCAAUAAGCCUACUAUUUAAAGAUGCUGCUGGGGAUUGCAUGAGUGCUACUGUUGCAAACUAUUGAUCGAUGACAACGCGUCCGAGGUAAUUAUUU